AUGUCUUGCGCUAUCAACAACUACAGUGUUGUUGCACUCGUUGAGCAUCAAUCGCAAAGGUCUUGCGCUGGCCGCGGCGGAUUGACUAGGCCCCGUCGAUUCUUCAAGGUCUCUCGUUGCCUGCAUGAAGGUGCCAGCACUCAUGAGAAGGAAGCCGGUCAAGCUCUCAUCAUGAUCUGGCCAUACCACAAGAAGAUUGGGUGGAGCAAAGUGGAGGGUCAGAUUGACAGAAGUAAUAGUAGUAAUGGUUAA